AUGGCACCAAAGGCCAAGAAGAAGCCAGCCGCCGAUAAGGCUCCGAUGGAGAAGAAGCCAAAGGUAGGGAAAAAGCUUCCGAAGGGAGGCGCCGCCGCCACUGUGAGACAAGAGAAAGAAGCGCGCGAAGAAGAGUGUGGAAACUUACAAGAUCUACAUCUUCAAGUGAUAUUUUUUGAGAAAUUGGCUCAGGAGGCGUCUAAGCUGGCAAAGUACAACAAGAAGCCGACUAUUACUUCUCGAGAAUCUCAGAACGCUAUCCGAUUGGUUCUUCCAGGAGAAUUGGCAAAACACGUCAUGUCCAAGGGUACAAAGCGAAUCAAUUCUCUGCAUCGCUCUCUUGCCCACCAGCCAUGA